GGCUAGUGCGGCUGCUCAUUCACUGUUGUGACUGAGUACUUUGAGUACUGUGACUAUGGUGUUAUUUGGCACGGCCUGGGUGAACAGUUUGAUGUUCAAUUUGAAAAAGAAGCAGCUGAACUGCUUGAAGUUUGUAAAGACGUUUCGUGCAACAGGCUUCUUCAGUUCUACAAAUUAAGGUGGAGGGUCCCAGGUGUUUAAUCCCCAUUAGAGGUGAUUCUGGGUCAUUUACCCACUAGUGAUCACGUGAGUCAACACCAGAACCAAGGUAUGAAAGAAGGUGGAGCUCAUUACCAUCAGUGGGGUUUAAUGGUGCAACCACUGUGAGAUGUUGCCCCAGCCCAUCGUGUGACCGGUUGAGGACACCUGAGCCAAGGUGUGAAUCUGGGUGGAAAUAGUCGGUUUUGUAAACCCCGCCCUCUGUUCAAAGAUGUUCGUUCACAGUGGACAUAGAUGCUUCUUCCACUAACCAUCACUCCUCUCUGUCCGAAAUGUGAACAUUGGCAUCCUCAAAAGAGUGACCUUUGACUUUUAGAUGCAGAUGUACAGCUGAGUCCCUCUUCUGUGUACAGGUGACACAUCCACCUGCGAUCUAGAUUCUUCUUCUGUGGUGGAAUCAUGGAACUGGCCUAUGUGUGUGAGUGGGAGAAGCGUCCGAAGAGCACGCACUGCCCUUCCAUCCCGCUGGUCUGCUCCUGGUCCUGCAGGAACCUCGUGGCCUUCACCACAGACCUGAAGAGCGAGGACGACGACAAGAAUGUGAGUCACAUGAUCCAUAUCAUCGACACUGAGCACCCCUGGGAUGUUUUCUCCAUCAACUCUGGACACACUGAGGUCAUUUCCUGUCUGGAGUGGGACCAAUCAGGCUCACGGCUGCUGUCUGCAGACGGUGACGGGCAGAUCAAAUGCUGGUCGAUGUCAGAUCACCUGGUAAAUAGCUGGGAGAGCGUCCUAUCAAGCUCGCUAGACGGAGACCCCAUCAUCGCUCUCAGCUGGCUGCACAAUGGUGUCAAGCUGGCACUGCACGUGGAGAUGUCUGGCUCCACAAACUUCGGGGAGAAGUUCUCACGGGUGAAAUUUUCACCGUCCUUAACGCUGUUUGGCGGUAAGCCGAUGGAGGGCUGGCUGGCGGUAACGGUGAGUGGUUUGGUGACUGUGUCGCUGCUGAAGCCAGGCGGCGCUCUGCUGACAGCGAGCGAGAGCCUGUGCCGGCUGAGAGGGCGCGUGGCGUUGGCCGAUAUCGCCUUCACCGGAGGAGGGAACAUUGUGGUGGCUGCCACAGAUGGCAGCAGCUCCUCGCCUGUGCAGUUCUACAAGGUGGUGGUCAGUGUGGUGAGUGAGAAAUGUCGCAUUGAUACUGAGCUGCUGCCCUCACUUUUCCUGCGCUGUACCACCGACCCGCUGAGGAGGGAGAAGUACCCCGCUGUCACCCACCUCAAGUUCCUGACCCGGGAGAACUCUGAGCAAGUUCUGCUGUGUGCGUCCAAUCAGAACGGCAGCAUCGUGGAGUGCUGGUCUCUGAGGAAGGAGGGACUUCCUGUUAAUAAUAUCUUCCAGCACUGUUCGCCUGUGGUGGGAGAGAAGCAGCCGACCAUCCUAAAAUGGCGGAUCCUGACGACCACCAGCGACCUGGAGCGUGUGUCGGCUGUUGCUCUGCCCAAGCUUCCCAUCUCCAUCUCCAACACUGAACUGAAGUUCUGCCCCGGACUCGGUCUGGCUCUGGCGUUUCAUGAUGGCAGCAUCCAGAUCCUGCACCGCCUCUCCCUCCACACCAUGGGCGUGUUCUACGGCGCCUCCUCGGCACAGCGCCCUGGAGAUGAGUCGGCCAUCAAGCGCCAGAGAACCGCCGGCCCCACCGUCCACUUCAAGGCCCUGCAGUUCUCCUGGACCUCAUUGGCUCUGGCUGGAGUUGACAACCACGGCAAGCUCCACAUGCUGCGUGUGUCGCCCUCUAUGGGCCAGGUGCUGGAGAUGAACACGACGCUGCGUCACCUACUGUUCCUGCUGGAGUACUGCAUGGUGACGGGUUACGACUGGUGGGAUGUGCUGCUGCAUGUGCAGCCCAGCAUGGUGCACAAUCUGGUGGAGAAGCUGCAUGAAGAGUACAUGAGGCAGAAUCAGGCGCUGCAGCAGGUUCUGGCGACACGCAUUGUGGCAGUGAAGGCUUCUCUCUGUAAACUCUCCACGGCGACAGCGGCUCGAGCGUGUGACUUCCAUGCCAAGCUACUGCUUAUCGCUAUCAGCUCCACCCUCAAGUCUCUGCUGAGGCCUCAUGUCCUCAACACGCCGGACAAGAGUCCUGGAGACCGACUGACAGAGAUCUGCGCCAAAAACACAGACACAGAUAUCGAUAAGGUGAUGAUCAACCUGAAGACGGAGGAGUUUGUACUGGAUGGUCCUCCUCUGCAGUCCCUGCAGCAGCUCAUCCAGUGGGUGGGAGACUUCGUCCUGUACUUGCUCGCCAACCUGCCCAACCAGGGCUCUAUGGUCCGGCCCGGGUUUGGCUUCAUGCGGGACGGGGCGUCUCUGGGGAUGCUGAGGGAGAUGCUGGUGAUGAUCCGGAUCUGGGGUCUGCUGAAGCCCGGCUGUCUGCCCACCUUCACUGCCACGUCGGACAACCAGGACAGCAUGCUGCUGCUGUUCAGGCUACUCACCAAGCUGUGGCUCUGCUCACGGGAUGAUGGCGCCCCCCAGGACCCUGACGACAGUCUGAUCGACGAGUGCUGCCUGCUGCCGAGCCAGCUGCUGGUGCCCAGCAUGGACUGGCUGCCCGUCAAUGACGGUGUGAUGGUGAAGCUCCAGGGCAAGCACCCACUCAGGCUGCAGUUUGGCAAGGCCUCGUCCCUGCCCAGCAACGCCCCGCCCACACCUCUGGAGGUGUUCAACAGGACUCCUGGCUCCCAGAGGAUGGAUAACCUGCGUUGUGUUCACAUGGGCGUCUGUCCUACCGAGGAGAGCAAAGCCUGCACCAGGUGCGGCUGCGUGACAAUGCUCCGUUCUCCCAACAAGACAAACGCCAUGAAGCAAUGGGAGCAGCGCUGGAUUAAGAACUGUUUGUGUGGCGGUCUGUGGAGGAGGAUCCCGCCCACGUUCACCUGAAGUGGUGACACUAAAUCACCUGUUGGUGUGGAGCUUAUUCACAUCCCAAACCUAUUGACCAAUCAGGUUCCUGAAAAUGGUCUUUAAUAUCCAGCUGAGAACCGGCUUCAUGAGACCAGUUUCUGUGUGAGGCACAGGGACUGAAUCCAGUUCCGAUUGAUCGUUGGAGCUGCACUUUGUACAUAAACAGCAUUUUUCUAAUAAAGCCAACCAAACUGAA